GUGUUUUUUCCCCAUCUUGCUCCCUAAGCCCCGAACCCGAAGCCUGGAGUAGCCUGACACGUUUAAGACAAGAUCAAUGCGUGGUUAGAGCGAUGUUAGGCAUGAAGCUCGAGUCGCGGAGAUGCCUCGAGGCGUGUUAACCUUGGAAAGGUGACGGAAGCUUAUAAUCAAGGGUAGGCCAUUUCGAUUGGUCCUUGUCUAACGCUCAUCUUCUCCGUUCCACGACAUACCCUCAUUCUCUCGAUACCCUCAUCCUAUCUCCUGAUUGUUGAUUCUUACAGUUGUAUCUAGUCAAUGGCAAACAGACCAUCUAAUACCGGUCCGCCAAAGUAUCUCGCCGAAUUCACUAAAGCACUCGCAAGUGAAGUUCGAAUCCUCUUGGCAGAAGUGGGUAAGUUGAGAGAUGAGAGGACACAACUUCAGGCCGAGAUCGCAGAACUUAUGGCCGUGAAGGCUAAACAUGGUGGCGGACCCGGCGGUGAGUUUGCUGGCUGGCUAACCAAGAGAGAACCUACACCUCCGCCACCUUCUCCGCCGCCACCGGUGAUCGAGGACAUUGUUCCAGCAAGACCGGGUUGGCGCGUAGUUCACAAGAAACCGGAACGCCGAGAACGCAAGAAAGCUCUGCCUGCAGCUGCGCCUCCUCCCCCAGAACCUCCCAUGCCUGCGAAUCUUCCUGCUUGGGCACAAUGGAGACCUAAUCCGAUAUUCUCCCCUCAACCACGGGCUGGUACUGCCGGAGCUGCACUCCCUGCAUCUGUUCCUACAUCCCCUCGAACUGGAUUGUUUGGUCCUCCGUCACCUGCACCCAAGUAAAUGCAAUAUCUUUCGCUCCGGUCAAGCACUCAGAAUAUCAAACCGAACUUUCAAUAUCUUGGAUUUUACGUCUUGUCAAUUUGUAUCCUUAAUUUUUUGUUGUACAACAGUACCUUUUCCCGCUUUAUUUGCUUGUAUCCAUUGAGUAUCUGCCUCGUUAUUUCCGUUGUACAUAAACUUUAUUGAUUGAAGGCUCUGUCGUCGGUCUGCGGAACAGUCUUACAAAUGAAUGGGUUUUCGUUGUGUUGCCACAGUCAGAUUACAAUGCACGACUCUUGAAAAUAACAAAUAUACGCCACAUGAAGACAAAAACAAUGACAAUAAAGGUAAACGGAGGAGGAAGUUAGUAUGUUCAGGUGUGACGACUUCGAUGCUGGUUACCGUUCAUACGAGUUUCAUCUUCUUUCGUGAACGUUCGACUUCUUGCUGUGCGUAGCGGAAGUUAGGUAAACAGGCCUCCGGUGCCUCACAACGGGAAAGAAGAAAGGGGACCUUGGGACGCCAAUCUUCGCGUUUUCUCUUCAGGACGUGGCCACGUCUUUUCGAGGACCUUCAGAAGAAGUAUGCAUCUAGUCGGAUACAAAUGUCCGAAGCUACAAGGAAAGGAGCUGGACGUAGCAG